AUGACUUGGUCCCUGAGAGCUGUUGCGCCCCUGGCGGCCCUCGUGGCUCUUGGCGAGGCCUCGACUCCUGCAGGUCACGUCCAUGCCGUGGAACCCGUGCUCUCCCACCUGCAACGCCGUGGGCCGGCCGCGUUCCCAGCUGACUGGCAGCCCGAUGUCGAGAACUGGGGCCCGCUGCCUGAAGUGAUCAGCACAGCUUCGACUUUGCAGGGUAACACCGGAUCGGGCACGAGGAAGCCUGUGACGUCGGAUGCACUGCAGAACGACAUCACGUCGCAAGCGCUCCUCGACCGUGCAGAGCACCUCCAGGCCAUAGCCUACCAGACCACCGGACGGAACCGUGUGUUUGGCAGCCCGGGCCACAACUUCACGGCUCUGUAUCUCUACCAGCUCGUCUCUCAGCUCGAGGAGUACUACGACGUCGAGUAUCAGCCCUUCAUCGAGACAUACUCGGGCGGAGAUGCCUCCUUGGUGGUCAACGGAGAGGAUCAGGGUGCGGCCCUCAUGACCUAUGCCCCCAAUGGACAGGUUGAGGCUGCGCUUGUGGCUGUAUCCAACCUGGGUUGCAACGCUACCGACUACCCAGCUGAGGUGAGCGGUGCCAUCGCUCUGAUCUCGCGUGGAAGUUGCGAGUUCGGAUUGAAGGCUGCUCUUGCGGGAGCCGCCGGUGCUGCCGGAGCAGUCAUCUACAACAACGUCGCGGGCGCGCUCAGCGGUACUCUUGGAGCCCCCAGCCGACCAGAGGGCCCUUACCCCCCAGUUGCUGCCAUCUCCCAGGACGCGGGCCAGGCCAUCGUGUCGCUUCUCGCUGCGGGCGAGGUCAUCGGUGACCUCAACGUGAACUCCAUCAUCGAGGACCGUGUGACCAUGAACGUAAUUGCCCAGACCAAGUCUGGCGACCCCGACAAUGUCAUCUUCGUCGGAGCACACGCAGACUCCGUCGAGGCGGGCCCGGGCAUCAACGACGACGGGUCCGGCACCGUCGGGAUCCUCGAGGUGGCCCUCCAGCUCGCCAAGUACGAGGUCACCAACGCGGUCCGCUUCGCCUGGUGGUCGGCCGAGGAGUUCGGCCUGCUGGGGUCCGAGUACUACGUGAACCAGUCGGCGCCCGAGGACCUCGACAAGAUCCGGCUGUACCUCAACUUCGACAUGAUCGCCUCGCCCAACUACAAGCUCUCCAUCUACGACGGCGACGGGUCCGCCUUCAACCUCAGCGGGCCCCCCGGGUCCGCCGAGGCCGAGGCCCUCUUCGAGGCCUACUUCGCGAGCAAGGGCCUGCCCUCGGAGCCGACCGAGUUCAACGGCCGCUCCGACUACGGGCCCUUCCUGGCCGUCGGCGUCGCGGCGGGGGGGCUCUUCACGGGCGCCGAGCAGCUCAUGACCGAGGCCCAGGCCGCGCUGUACGGCGGCACCGCGGGCGUCGCCUUCGACGAGAACUACCACCGCGCCGGCGACACGGUCGACAACCUCAACCUCGAGGCCUUCCUGAUCAACAGCCGCGCCAUCGCGCACUCCGUCGCGACCUACGCCACCUCGUUCGACUCGCUGCCCCCGCGCGCGGCCCGCGUCGUCAAGCGGGAUGCGUACAGCCCCAAGACUAAGGCUUCGGGGUGCCACCACAAGCACGAGGAGCCGGUGGCCAAGUAG